AUGUCCCCUCGAGUGGCCGUUUUGGUAUUCCGAGGUCUCAGGGCUACUGGGGUACCUUCGACACGUUCUGGGGGAGACCGAAUGGCAGCGGUGUUGGGGUUCACACUCCGGACGACCGUACCCGUGCUCCACCAUGGUUGUGGAUAUGAGGCUCGAGUCAAACUCAGGAUAUGGCCUGGCUCAACCAACUCUUGCGUCCUGCAUCAUGUCCCGCGAUCGGACUUGGUGAGGUGCCCUUGUCUGUCCUCGAGGGCUCGCUCCAGCGGCGCAAGACAGGUCUUUCCAGAGAGCUGCCCAGCCGCCCGCCAACGCAGACACCAUGCGAUCUCCAACUCGUCUCGAAGCCUGUCUACGAAUUUGCGCUUCCUACGCGGCUCACACCGGCCACAUUUCAAGACCAUUACGGAGGCUCAGUGGUGCCAGCGGCCGGAUUACUUCCUUGAGGCUUCAUUCUGCGGUGAUGCACAGAGCUCCGAAGCUGUUGGUUUUCCUCUCGCCUUGAAGAGGUUCCUGUAUUCGCCAUGCGAUUUCGUCCAUGCAACGGCGAUCUUGCAACUUGACGGUGCCCUUCCCGGUCUUGGUUCCUUUGCUGGUUCCACCGUUCUACUCGGUCCCUGA